AUGCUGGCAAGAAAAGAGCUGGAACGGGCGCGGUUGGAGAAAUUGGACAAGAAACGAAAGCGGGAAGAGGACGAAGCCGAGCAGACGCGGGCUCGCGAAGAAAAGAAGCGACGGCUGGCAGAAGAGAGUAAACGAUAUCGAGAGGAAGAAGCAGAGGAGGAGGAGAGAGCACGGAGGAAGCGACUUGGACUACCUGAGCUCGAGAAGAAGAAGGAUGGCGAGAACGGCACGGCUCUGAACGAAGGGGAGCAAGAUUUGUCCGAAGAAGACCUGCUCACACGAUUACAAGAGCUCAAUGAGCCGCGCUUCCUCUUUGGCGAGACACAUGUGCAACGCUUACGGCGGUAUCGUAAGCUUACCGAGAAAGCAAUCGCACCGAAACUUACCACUGGACCUAUACCCACAACGCUUGAGCUGGUUCCGGAGAAAGACAUGAAAGUGCCCGAGACAGUCCCUAAAGAUCCGGAGGCGCACAAGUUCUUGCUUCGACAGUUGGCAAGCUACUUCGACAUGCUGCUCUCCGAGUGGCAAUCAGCACUGGCACGACGGAGCAAAGAAGUCAAAGAAUCAUCGACUGGAAAAGUGGCGUUCAAUUCCUUCCUCGCUGCAAGAGACAACCUCAAGCCGCUGUUCAAGAAGCUGGAAUCCGACAAUUUUCCGUCUGUUCUCCUGGCACCCGUUCUGGAAAUUGUGCACCUGGCGCAGACAAAACGAUACGUGUCUGCCAACGAUGCUUACUUGAGAGUGUCGAUUGGUAAAGCCGCCUGGCCGAUUGGAGUCACCAUGGUUGGUAUUCACGAGCGCAGUGCCCGAGAGAAGCUGCACGAGACCGAGAAGACUGGCAACCAGGCACAUAUCCUCAGCGACGAAGUCACCAGGAAGAUGCUUCAAGGCAUCAAACGAUGUCUUAGCUUUGCUCAGACGAGGUGGCCACCGGAAGAUAUCGCGCAAUUGAUGGGUUGA